CCUCCUGGCGGGGAUUGAUCUUGCGCUUGCGCAGUGGGCGACGCUGGGGCGGAGCAGGUUUAUAUUCGCCGAGAAUCAGCUGACGCUCUGCAUUGCAGACUGCGGAGUCCGGUGGCACCAUGUACUCGUUCUUCGUCCUGGCCAGCCUCCUCGGCGCGGCUCUUGCCAGCCCCAUCCUGGGCCUGAGGGAAUGUACCAGAGGCUCGGCCGUGUGGUGUCAGAAUGUGAAGACGGCGUCCGACUGCGGGGCCGUGCAGCACUGCCUGCAGACCGUCUGGAACAAGCCGACUGUGAAAUCCCUUCCCUGCGACAUAUGCAAAGAUGUCAUCACUGCAGCUGGUAACAUGUUGAAAGACAACGCCACCGAGCAAGAGAUCCUCAUGUACUUGGAGAGGACCUGUGACUGGCUGCCUAAGCCGAAUAUGUCUGCCUCCUGCAAGGAGAUUGUCGACUCAUACCUCCCAGUCAUCCUGGACAUGAUUAAAGGACAGAUGAGCCAUCCCGGGGAGGUGUGCUCUGCUCUCAACCUCUGCGAGUCUCUUCAGAAGCACCUGGCGGAGCUGAAUCACCAGAAACAGCUCGAGUCCAAUCAGAUCCCGGAGCUGGAUAUGGCUGAGGUGGUGGCUCCCUUCAUGGCCAACAUCCCCCUCCUCCUCUACCCUCAGGACGGCUCCCACAGCACGCCGCAGCCCAAGAAGGCUAAUGGGAACGUCUGCCAGGACUGCAUUCAAAUGGUAACUGACGUCCAGGAAGCUCUGAGGACCAACUCCACCUUUGUCGAGGCCUUGGUGGACCACGCUAAGGAGGAGUGCGACCGCCUGGGGCCUGGCAUGUCUGACAUGUGCAAGAACUACAUCAACCAGUAUUCGGAAAUUGCUAUCCAAAUGGUGAUGCAUAUGCAACCCAAGGAGAUCUGUGUGCUGGUCGGCUUCUGUGACGAGGUGAAGGAGAUGCCCAUGAAGACCCUGGUCCCUGCUGAGGUGGUCUCGGAGAACGUCAUCCCUGCCCUGGAGCUGGUGGAGCCCAUCAAGAAGGACCCAGCCCCCGCGAAGGCUGACAUUUACUGUGAGGUGUGCGAGUAUGUGGUGAAGGAGGUGGUCAAGCUGAUUGACAACAACAGGACUGAGGAAGAAAUAAUCCACGCUUUGGACAAAGUGUGCUCGAAGCUGCCUGCAUCCUUAGCUGAGCAGUGCCAGGAGGUGGUGGACACCUACGGCAGCGCCAUUCUGUCCAUCCUCUUGCAGGAGGCGAGCCCCGAGCUGGUGUGCAGCAUGCUGCACCUCUGCUCCAGCCGGGGGCUGCCGGCCGUGGCGGUCCGCCUGACGCCGAGGAAGGACGGUGGCUUCUGCGAGGUGUGCAAGAAGCUUGUGGGCUAUUUGGACCGCAGCCUGGAGAAGAACAGCACCAAGGAGCAGAUCCUGGCUGCCCUCGAGAAAGGCUGCAGCUUCCUGCCGGACCAGUACCAGAAGCAGUGUGACCAGUUUGUGACGGAGUAUGAGCCGGUGCUGAUAGAAAUCCUGGUGGAGGUGAUGGACCCUUCCUUCGUGUGCUUGAAGAUUGGAGCCUGCCCAGCAGCCCGCAAGCCGCUUUUGGGAACUGAAAAGUGUGUCUGGGGCCCGAGCUACUGGUGCCAGAACAUGGAGUCGGCAGCCCUGUGCAACGCCGUCGAGCACUGCAAGCGUCACGUGUGGAACUAGAGGCACGUUCCAUCCUGGAGAAACUGCAGCGUCUUUUCCUGCUUGUGUGUCUGGGGGAACGAACACAGAUCUGUUGACUUUGUUAUAGAAAUAGGAUCCCCUCUCCCUCAGUCCCUUUCUUCUCUCCCUCAUUGUGGCAUUGCUGUCAGUGGCAUGCUGACGUCAUUGCUUCAGUGUCCCUUUCUCUCUGCUAGACAGACGCCGGCAUAGCGUACACUGGAGGUCUUCUGAGUCUGUCCCUGCAUGUGGUUAUGUGGAGGAGAGAGGGCUCUGGCUGGGGGCGUGAGCCGGAGCCUCCGGACAGAGGUGGUCCGUCCUCCUGGCUGGGCUUUGGGUGCUGAGGCCUCUGCCUACUCUAACGAAGGAGUCGAGUCACCAUCCCCUUUUGUGGGCCUGCUGACUGCAAAACAAAGGCAGUUUUAUAUGAAGGAUGAGAGACUCAGAAUAAUGAGGCUUUUUAAACAACGCGGUUCUCACUGUCACAGAGCUGUUGGAAAUAGUUGCUCAGGAGACCUGGUGGGCUGGGGCUCGCUAUCCCUGGGUCAGCCUUCAGUUUGGCUUUCUUGUCUUUCCUGAUGGAUGCGUUGUUUGGGGUUCUGUGGUUUGGGGUGGGAGGGGAAAAAACCAGUUCACCUGAAUGUACCCUGCUGGCUCUCUGUGGCGGUUCUGUGGGCCUGCUUGUGUGUGUGUGUGUGUGUGUGUGUGGACCAUGGCGACUCCUCCUGCCUGCUCUGGUGUCGGCCCUGCUGCCCAGCACCCCCACUGCUCUGGGCAGGACAGUCCCUCCCCUCCGACCCCCAUCUUGUAGAUGUUCUUUUCGACCUGCCAAUAAAUGUGGAUGACAAGCUCCUAAGCCUCUGGCUUCCAGGUAGAAGGUCUGCUGGGUGUGCUGUCCCGGGGCCUCGGCUGCCGCCCUGCCUUCUUCUCUCCCCUCUGGCUGCAUCUUCUGUUCCACUUCCGGUUGCCAGGAGAGAGCAAGACAUGUGGUUGCUAUUGAUUUUUUGGUUUGUUUUGCACUAAAAUUUCUGUGAUUUAACAAUAAAGUCUGUCAACCAGA